GGUCAAGAGAAGUAUGGGUUACUGAAUGUGACAAAAAUUACAGAAAAUGGGAAGAAAGUUCGAAAGAAUUGGAUGUCAUCAUGGGCAGUGCUACAAGGUUCAUCACUGCUGUUCACUAAAACCCAAGGAAGUGGAACUGGCUGGUCAUUUUGCCAAGGGGGCUCAAUUCCUGAGCUCUUGCUCUCGCUGCUUUCUUCUUGGAAAAAUGUUCUCAGUCGUCGACCUGCUGUCACCUAUGUAAACUCUGACCAAGUUUCAGCUAUCACUAAGUUUGGUGGCAAUCAGUCUAAGCCAGAAUUUACAGUGGAUCUCAAAGGAGCAUUGAUUGACUGGGCCUCAAAGGACAAAUCCAGCAAAAAGAAUGUUAUUGAGCUAAAAACCCGCCAAGGAACUGAGCUCUUAAUUCAGUCUGAUAAUGACAGCUUUAUUAAUGAAUGGUAUAAAGUUCUUAACUAUACCAUCAACAAUCAGGUAGUGGAGUCUGAUGAAGCAUUAGAAGAUGAUGUACCAGAUUCCCCUGGGGUAGAAAAACAAGACAAAGAGAAAGAGAAUAAAGACUCUAAGAAACUUCGUCCCAUGAAAGCACCUAGCAAUAUAGAUUCUACAGAUCAGAAAAAGACCAAAACAAAGCUCAAGAAGUUUCUUACACGGCGCCCUACAUUACAAGCUGUCCGUGAAAAAGGCUACAUUAAGGAUCAAGUGUUUGGUUCCAAUCUCACCAGCUUGUGUCAAAGAGAAAACAGCACGGUGCCAAAGUUCGUGAAGCUGUGCAUUGAGCAUGUUGAGGAAUAUGGAUUAGAUGUUGAUGGCUUAUACCGAGUUAGUGGCAAUCUUGCAGUGAUACAGAAGCUAAGAUUUGCAGUCAACCACGAUGAGAAACUAGAUUUGAAUGACAGUAAAUGGGAAGAUAUACAUGUCAUCACAGGAGCUCUAAAGAUGUUUUUCAGAGAAUUGCCAGAGCCGCUGUUCACUUAUAAUCACUUCAAUGACUUUGUCAAUGCAAUUAAACAAGAACCAAGGCAGCGUGUCCAUGCUGUUAAAGAUUUAAUCAAACAGUUGCCAAAACCAAAUCAGGACACUAUGCAGGUACUCUUUAGACACCUGAAGAGAGUUGUAGAAAAUGGAGAAAAGAACCGAAUGACCUAUCAAAGUGUAGCAAUAGUUUUUGGUCCAACCUUAUUAAAACCAGAGAAAGAGACUGGUAACAUAGCAGUCCACACAGUAUACCAGAAUCAGAUUGUAGAAUUAAUUCUGCUGGAAUUGAAUUCCAUCUUUGGACGCUGACUUUUUUCUUGGAGUAGAAAAUGGAAGUGAUGGGUUGGCAGCAGUACUCUAUCAGAAGGAAAAUCUCUAGCUGUACAUGAUGUAUUAUGUUUGUGGACCAAGCAGCAACUUGUUCUUUGCACUUUUGGGGAGGGGAGAAACAGGAGAAAUGUUUGACCACUUUAAUGCAAAUUAAAGACAACACUUUGGAUUUCUUUGAAGAGUUCAAUGUAAAAAGUGAAUUGAAAAGUUUAUAGUUUGUCUUUUUUUUGAGUAGCAUUGGAAAAAUGUAAUAUAGGUUCAUA